AUGUCCGGUCUGCAAGCUGUCAAGUAUACUCGGGGUCACCUCGAGGUUCUCGACCAACUCAAGCUACCCCACGAAUUCCACUACGAUGAGGUUGCGACAAGCGAGGAGGCCUUCGACUGCAUCAAGGCGAUGAGAGUUCGCGGUGCCCCCGCCAUCGCCAUUGUUGCUGCUCUCGCUCUCGCCGUCGAGCUUCACAAUGGAAGCUGCACUGCUACCUCCGCGCAAGAUACGAUUUCAUACAUCGACUCCCGCCUGGACUAUCUCAAGGAGAGCAGACCUACUGCUGUUGACCUUACCAACGCAAUCAACCAGCUCAAGACCCGCAUUCGCAAUGCGCCCCAGGAAGAUGGCAAGAGCAUUAUCGCAGCUUACAUCGAGGAGGCCGAGAACAUCCUUCAGAAGGACCUUCAAACCAACCUGUCCAUCGGUGGCCACGGUGCUCAGUGGCUGAAGGAUGUUGCGAAUGCGUCUCCCCAAUCCAAGAUUUCCGUUCUCACCCACUGCAACACCGGAUCUCUGGCGACUUCCGGUCACGGAACCGCCCUUGGCAUCAUCAGGACCCUCUUCUCCAACGACCUCCUCCAGCACGCCUAUUGCACCGAAACGAGACCCUACAACCAGGGCAGCAGACUCACCGCCUUCGAGCUGGUCUACGAGAAGAUUCCCAGCACUUUGGUCACCGACUCCAUGGCUGCGGCGCUGUUCAAGCUGCAUAAGGAAAAGUCAAACAUCGCUGCUGUCAUUGUCGGCGCCGACCGCGUCGUUCGCAACGGUGAUACUGCCAACAAGAUCGGCACUUACCAGCUGGCUAUCUUGGCCAAGUUUCACGGCGUCAAGUUCAUUGUCGCGGCGCCGACCACCACCAUUGACUUGGAGACGGUGACCGGUGACGGCAUCAAGAUUGAGGAGCGCAAGAGGGAGGAACUGACGCAGAUUUCCGGUGCCGUUGUCCAGGCUGACGGCAGAGUCGACACUGCGCAAACAGCCCGCGUAGCGACGGCUGAUCAGCGUAUCAACGUGUGGAACCCGGCGUUCGAUGUGACACCUCACGAUCUGAUUGAUGCCAUCGUUACAGAAAAGGGGGCUGUGGUCAAGAACAGCGAGGGACAGUUUGAUUUCCGGCAUAUUGUGCCGGAGAGGUGGGCGCAGGUUGUUGACCAUUCGUCCUCCUGA